GGAUGCGCUUUGCUGUUGCUUCUGUAGCUGACGAGCUCGCCUUUGCUGCUGAUGUCUUUUAAAACACAAAUGACACCACACUUUGUUGUACACACACUAAAUACAGAAAAAUGUGAAAAAAUGAAAAAUAUUUUCAUUGCAAGUUAAAAUUGAACGGAAAGUGUUUAUUUUUUAAAGUUUUUAUAAAUUUAUUUGUAAAUACCAACGAAAUGUGUUAAGAUUAUAGUUUUUUACGGGGAAAACGUUAUUAUCGAAAAAGUGGUAGCGAAAAUUUUGUGCUGCCGAGGAGAGGAGGAUAUACGCAAGGAUUAAAGUACAACGAAUUCAUUUUUUAUACCUGGAAAAAGUUUCUAUGCUAGAGUUAGCAAGCAGAUGGAGAUAAAAUAUUGAGGAACGCUGACAAUUUUAGAAUUUACAUUAUAAUUUAUUUAAACCAGUUUUUGCAAAAUAUUAAAAAAAAAAUUUCUUAGAAAAAAAAAGCAAGAAAGGAAAAUCGUCUGAGUGUUUAAAGGCUUUAAAUUUUUUUAAAGCAGUUUUCCGCACAAAUGAAUAUGCUACACACCUUUAGCGGUGGCGAUAAUUGCGAUUCUGAAUUAAAGGAACGCCUUAUCGCCACCGUAAAAAAGGAAGUAAAACAAUUGAUGGAAGAGGCUGUUACCAAAAAGUAUAUACAUGAGGAAAGUAGUUCAGUAACUUCACUUUGUGGAGCUGUAGAGGCAUGUCUCAGUCACGGUUUGCGUCGACGUGCUUUGGGGCUUUUCAAGACCUCGUCGACUACUGCUCUUAUACAGAAAAUAGCUAAGACAUGUCCAGAAGCAGAUUAUGUAAGUCGACGCUUGUUAGAGAUCGAAUUAGCAAAUGAAUGCAAUACAAUUGCUGGUAAACGUUCAUGUUCGAGCAGCGAUAGCAUCAUUAAACCGAAGCUAUUGAGCAAGGGUAGCAGCAGUUCGGUUACAACGAUUAAUACUAUGUCAUCAGGAACAUCGGUUUCAGCACCUGUCGUCAAGUACCUGUGGAUACGCUUGGCAUUAUAUGAAAAGCGCUUAUCUAAAAUUAUAGAACAUCUCGUAAAUAAUGCAAAUAAUUAUUAUGAUCGAGACGCUUUAGUUGCGGAUCCAGAUUUUGGUUCUAUUUUGAGUUCACUAUUAGUUGGUCCAUGCGCUUUAGAAUUCACUCGCGCUAAAACCGCUGAUCAUUAUUGGUUAGAUCCACAUGCAGAUGAAUUGGUUCAAAGACAUCGUAUUAGUUCAGGCAAUCGCACACCACCGACCUGUCAUCGUCCUAUUAUCAAUUUUAAACGCAGUCUGCAUACAAGUUCGGAAGAUACUAGCAGUGGUUCAUUUAAGGCUAGUUCACCAGCUAGUGUAGCAAAGGACUAUGUUGAGUCCCUACAUCAAAACUCUAGAGCAACUUUAUUGUAUGGCAAGAAUAACGUUUUGGUUUUACCUAAGGAUGUUAGUGAAGCUAUGCCUGGUUAUCUUAGUCUACAUCAAACCAUACAAUCAUUAACUAUUAAGUGGACACCGAAUCAGUUAAUGAAUGGUUACAAUGAUGCCGACGGUACCGAUAAAAGUUUCUAUUGGGCAUAUGCUUUAAAUAUUAAUGUCGAUGAAAUUGUAUAUGUACAUUGCCACCAAAAUCGUGGCGAGGAUACUGGUGGUACUAUUAUACUCGUAGGACAAGAUGGUGUACAACGUCCUCCAAUACAUUUUCCAGAAGGUGGCCAUAUGCAAUCAUUUUUAAGUUGUUUGGAGACUGGUUUGUUACCACAUGGCCAGUUAGAUCCACCAUUAUGGUCACAACGUGGUAUGGGUAAAAUGUUUAAUUGGCCUAAAAGUGUUAGACGUCGCAUAUUACCAUCUGUUAUGGAAUCUGCAGAUGAGACACCAAUCGAUUAUGUCUUCCGUGUUGUCAGCAAAAGUCAACAUGAAGAAUUCUUGGCCACACAUCCCAUACUAGAGCUUGGACGUACUAGUCCAAGACGUAAGCAUUUAGGUAGUUGCUCAACUACUGGUAGUAGCGAGUGCUCUAGUAAGAGUCUAUCACUAGAGCACAGCAUAACAGACCCACCGCUGAUUCAGGGCAGUCAAACUGCAAGUAUAGAACUCGUUUGUUCCACUAUGCGUAGGCAAAUAAUAUCACGGGCUUUCUAUGGUUGGCUAGCUUAUUGCAGACAUUUGUCAACUGUGCGCACCCAUUUAUCAGGACUAGUAAAUGGACGUAUUACACCAGAUUUAGGUGUAGAUGAAGAGGGCUUAACCAAAGAAAUAUGGGAAGCAAUGCAUACGGAUGGCGUCAUAACAAGUGAUAUGGAUGUCUUCCGGUUGGUUUACUUUGGUGGUGUACAACAUGAGAUACGAAAAGAAGUUUGGCCAUAUUUAUUGGGACAUUACAGUUUUGGUUCAACACCUGAGGAACGCGCUAAACAUGAUGAAACCUGUAAACAUUAUUAUGAGACCACAAUGAGUGAAUGGUUAGCAGUGGAGGCUAUAGUACGUCAGCGAGAGAAAGAAAAAACUGCACAAGCAAUGGCAAAAUUAACAGCUGAGAAGAACAAACAUGCUCAGGAAGCUGGCAGACGUGUUAGUCGUCAAACGGAAAUGGAUGCUGAUGAUUUGGAUAAUGACGUUUUUGAAGAUCACGAUUUCUCAGACAUAUCUGAUCCCGGUGAUGACUAUGAUGAGGAAAUGCGUAUAGAAAAUGAAGAAAAUAUGGAAAUGGAUGAUUUAGCCAAUGAAAGGGAUAAAAAAAGUAGUACCACCGAUUCCGGUAAUGGUGAGGAGGAAGUCUGUGCUGAUAUCGUCGAUACUGAAGUUGGAAUUGAGGCGCAAGAAAAUGAAUAUUUACAGUCAACAGAAUUAGAAACUGAAGCAGAAAAGCAAAGCGAACAAAUUCUUGUUGAAUUUGAAAACAUUGAUGACAUGGAACCGUUGACUUUACAAGAAAAUUGUUUUGCUGCUGAUUCAGAAGUUGAAGCUGGUCUUACACCUGACCAUGGUGGUAUAUUGGUGUUAAGCAUUAAAAGUUCACCAUCUACUUCAUCCUAUGAAACAGUUGGUAAUGAGUUUGCUGAUAUGGUUGAUUUAAAUGCACCAAUUAAUAUUGUCGCGGAAACGGAAAUACAAGAAACAGUUGAAAUGGAAGAACCAUUAGAAGAAGAAGAAAUUCCACAAGACGUUGAAGGCGAAAAUCAACGAAUUAUUAAAUAUCAUAGCAUGGGUGAUUUGCGAACUUCAAUUGAUAAUACUGAAGAAGGUGAUGAAGAAUUGAAGCCGACACAUGCAGUUAUCAUAACUGAAGCCGCUUCCUUAGAUGCACUACAAUGUGACGAUGAACAUACUGAAGAGACAUCAAGAAAAACCAGUCUUAUGUCUCCAAUGAAUGAGGAUAUAACGGUUGUGGCAUCUUUAGAUGCACUACAAGAACCAAAAUCGGCUUGCGUUUCACCGGCAAGUUCAAAUGGUGGUGUUUAUAGUUGUGAAUUGUUAGAAAAUUUUGGUCUAAAUUUGCAUCGCAUUGAAAAAGACGUUCAGCGCUGUGAUCGAAAUUACUGGUACUUUGCUAAUGAGAACUUGGAUAAAUUGCGGAAUGUUAUAUCAACUUACGUUUGGGAGCACUUGGAUGUGGGUUAUAUGCAGGGCAUGUGUGAUUUAGUGGCACCAUUGCUAGUUAUUUUCGAUGAUGAAUCCUUGUGCUAUAGUUGUUUUUGCAAGCUGAUGGAACGGAUGAUUGAGAACUUCCCGAAUGGUGGAGCAAUGGAUAUGCAUUUUGCAAAUAUGAGAUCUCUUAUACAAAUUUUGGACUCGGAAAUGUAUGACUUGAUGGAUUCUCAUGGUGAUUACACGCAUUUCUACUUUUGUUAUCGUUGGUUCCUUUUGGAUUUUAAACGAGAAUUGGUCUAUGACGAUGUCUUUGCAACAUGGGAAGUUAUUUGGGCUGCAAAACAUGUCGCAUCUAGUCAUUUUGUGCUGUUUUUAGCCUUGGCUUUAUUGGAAACCUACCGAGAUAUUAUUUUAUCCAACAGCAUGGACUUUACAGAUGUUAUCAAAUUUUUCAACGAAAUGGCGGAACGUCACAAUUCACAAUCGAUUUUGCAAUUGUCACGUAGUCUUGUGCUACAAUUGCAGACAAUAAUUGAAAAUAAAUAAAAAGCAAAUUAUUAAAAAU